UUAGCAGGCGUGCAUGACAGAACCCCCGGGAUCAAUUCGCUGCAAAAAAAAACCUUCAGUCUCUCGGUCCCCUGUUUUAGGGUUUAUCGGAUUCAUUCGCAACUAGACUGGCAUCACAUUUUCUGCCCACGAUUGCUCGCAAUUUGCCCACUACGCUGUUCUUUACCUCCUCAGGAUUGUUCUCUCUGAAAUUAUCGCGGCAGCUAACUUUCAAGAGCGAUUUUAAAUGGCCCGACAUCGUACAGUUUGAUUGUAUGUAGUUUGAGGUUUACAAAUCUGCUUCGACAUGAGGCGUUAGCGGGAUUUGAAUUGACCGCAUUCGCAAUGUUUUCCUCGUCCGGUUCUCCUAAUGGCUUGUCAUCACAUCGGUCGCCUCCUUAUGCUUCCAGAGCAACACCAGCUCCAGAGAGUCCCGGAGUGAGCCCUGGCGUCAGUCCUGGAGGUCGUUUGCAGCUUAUUCUCAAGAGUCCCUACAAAUCUAAAGUUGUGUCUGUCGUUGAAAAAUUCGUGGAUCCUAGUCCGGAUUGGACUUUGCAGGAUUUGCAAUCGGAGCUGGAUGUGAUUUCCACUCGCUACACUUCUACUGUGGCUUUAGACAAUGAGCCUCCUCCUUCGACUGCAAAAGGGAUAUCGUGGCGAGAAUUGUCUGUUACAGCUGAUUUUGGCAGAACAAAUGCGCCAUUUAGGAUGCGAGCAUUUGACAGUGAUUCUGAGACUGAGUCCAGUGACGAUGAGCUCAAUUCUCCUGCGCCAGCUUCAUCCAACCGCGUCAAUGGUGUAGGCGUUGGAAAGGAUGAUCAUAUUCGGCACGCUAAUUCGAAGGGUUCGGAAGAAUUGCUUGUAGUAGUCAAGGAUGACGUGCGGGAGAGUAGUCCACUUCUUGCACGAACUGGAUAUGUGGAAUCCGCUCUCUUAGAGCUGGAACGAGAACGCCAUAGUAGGGUACAGGAGGAAUUUCGAAAGAGGCGGCUGCUUCUUGAUAAUGCCUUGAGAGAGGAAGUGCAAAGAGAGGCAGCCUUACUUGCGCGUGUUGAGAAAGAAAAAGAAGCCAAGUGUGAGUUGGCAAGGCGCUCGGAUAAACAAGAUCAAAGACAAAUUGCUGAGCUACGAGAUGAACAUCUAUCCGCCCUUCAAAGGGAUCACGAACUUCGGUCACAAUUUGAAGCUCGCCAGAUCAGAAAAGAAGCUGCCGAAGAAGAAGCUCGUCGGCAAGAAAUCGCCGCUCGAGAAGAGAGAGAACGACAAGCUAAAGCUAAAAUUCAGCUAGCAAAAGAGAAGGCUGAAGCUGAAGCGGCCAAGAGGAAGGCUCAAGCAGAUGCUGCAGCAGCGGCGGCUUUAAAGCGUGAAGAGGAUCAGAAAGCAAAGGAAAAUUUGCAGCAGAGUGCAAAGGAGAAGGAUGCUCACAAGGAAAAUGCUGAUCAGAAGGAGUCUACUUCGAAAGCAACCACAGGAUUGAAGCCGAAAGUGGCACCUUCUGCAGCCAAAUUAGAGGAGUCUCGAUUAAUCAAUCUGCGUGCGUAUGAGGCUGUAUAUGCACCUCUACGAACUAAUCCAGUUCAACAGAAGGAGUUAAAGACUUAUGAGAGGCAAAUUAUCAAGCAUUUACAGCAGAUUGCUGCCACCCAACAACAAGUGGGGAUUAAGUCAAGAGACUUGCUGCAGUUCCUCAACAGUUCCAUGGGGGUCCCUACUCAGUUUUUACUUGUUACUCUGGGUGCGAAGCUUCUUUCACAGUGUGAGUCGCAGAUUUUGAAGCUACCUUCCUUUGCCUUUGCAUUGGCACAGGUCAUUGUUAACGUGGCCUCCCAGGUGCCCUUGUUAAUCGAUAUUGUACUUGCGAAGCUACAUGAAGUUUGUAUCUUCACUGUCCCCAAGUAUUAUGUAUUCACAAAGGAUCAAUUUGAAAAUGAUGCUGCUUACUAUAAAGCGCUAGGGUAUCGGGAAGAAGAUGGGAAAUUGGAAAGCACCGAUGAUUAUGUCGCACGUCAGGCUGCAUACAUGACAUUUUAUGGCGCGAUGAUUCAGACUGAUGUGGCAGGAGGGAAAAAUCCCCAUGGAUUAGCAGCUGGGUGGGCUUGGGUUGCACGUUUCUUAAAUAGCAUCCCGGCAGAUCGGAAUACCGCCUCGGCUUUAGAGGCGUUCUUGAAGAUGGCAGGAUUCAGGCUCUAUCAAGUCUAUCCAAAGCCAUUCAUGAGGAUUAUGCAAGCAAUUGUCACGGAAUAUAUUGAAAACCUCAAGAAAACUGGUGAUGGAGAUGCUAGAGCUGUAGUUUCACGAUUAGAGACAUUUCUGCAUCUUCAAAAGUAUUUGCAGGAGCCCGAGGGUAGGAAGAUGCCUGUCACAGAUGUCUCAUCCAGCCUGAAAGCGUGAGAUGUCAUGCAUUCUUUUUAACUAUCCACGUUGUUCUAUCAUAUAUUCUUGGUUAAAUGAGACCUCAUUGAUAUUCAAACGUUGGUCGAGUCUUCAGAUUCCACUCAGA